AUGUACCAGACCUUCCAAGAAAGAGAACCCAUUCAACGGCCUCCGGGGCCAACUCGGAAACCCAACCCCCCCGGUAUCGACGUUUGCGGUUCGACGCUUGACAUCUUAUUUCCCAUGGCUGCGACGCUGAGCUCUUUGCUCAAUGCGGUGGAGUCUGAGAGAGCUAGCCUAGCAGAAAUUUCUUUCCUUCUUCUCCUGAAUACCACUCGCGGAGACACUGUCCAGGGCUCGCUUUGUUUCGAGGUCUCGAACAAGAUUACCUCGACCAUGCAGACCACAAAAGACCUGCCAGCAAGGGCACCAGAGCCCAUUAGCAGCCCGGCGACCUACGUAGCACGGCAGCGAUGCUACGGCGAGACCAUCACUGAGAUGCCUCGCCUCCCCUCGAUGGAAACCCACAAGGCAUCCCACAAUACCUUCGACGCAUCAGACUCACCCGCCGUCCUUCGCCGAAUGGUUGACAUUGGUUCAAUCCAUGUUCAGCUCGGCACGGCAUUGCACGGCAUGCCUAAGCACGGCACUGCAUCCCGAACCCCACGAAUAGUCGAUUGCCUGUGCUCUGGAAUUGGGUGGUCGGGUUACGCUCGGCCAAGGCCAAAAUCUUCCGAUGGUUACGCGGUUGCUAGAAAGUUGGUAACCCGAAUGACGAAGCCCUCUCCUCUGGGCUUUGCGCGUCUCGUCGACGCAAGAAAGGCCGCUCAUACAGGGAGCCGAUCCUUGGAGUGCAACGUUCCCCAACAUCUCGCGGAUAGUCUCCCGUCCGAGACGAGCAAGGCACUAUUGACGCAUUUGCACCCGGGACGCCAGCGCCAUCGAAUCAACCUAAUCCAAUGGGUAUUCCAGUCGCAGCCAUCCAAGUCCGUGGCAACAACACGAGAGCCCAUUGCACUUCAUUGCCUUCUUUGCCUACCGGUGGCUUGCGCUGCCGAACUCAAUCUCGUAUACUUGCAGCUACCUAACAACGGAGCCGUGACAAGCGACAAGGUGCUCAACCCUGUUAGCAGGUCGAACCCUCAAUCCUUGGGUACACGAUCGGCGCCGGCCACCUCCGAAUUCGACUUGUUUGCGACGUCCAAGUGUAUGAAGCAAAUCGCAGGCCCAAACACACUCCCCCUGAACCUCCUGGAAACCGCACUUCCUACGCUUCUCGUUGCUGUUGUUGCGGAUUGCGGUCCGGCCCUUUAUCACAAACAAGAAGGAGGGGGCGGGAGGCCAUAA